UAGUAAGAAAUUUGGCACCAUAUCAAAAGGAAGAGGAGAAAGGGAAAAAAAUGAGGAAGCGAGUUUGUUCAAGCAUUUUUCUUCUAAUUUGCCUUCUUUUUCUUUGUAUAUGUAUUGAAGCUCAGACAUGUACACCUAGUGGCAAGAUAACAGGUAAAAAGCCUCCACCAGGGCAAUGCAACAAUGAGAAUAAUUCUAAUUGCUGUGUGGAGGGUAAGAAUUAUACAAUUUACAAGUGUUCGCCUCCUGUUUCAACGCAUACAAAUGCAACUUUGUACUUGAACAGCUUUCAGGAAGGUGGUGAUGGUGGUCCACCAUCUGAAUGUGACAAUCAGUACCAUUCAGAUGAUGAACCUCUAGUGGCACUUUCAACAGGAUGGUACAACGAGGGGAGCAGGUGUUUGAAGUUCAUUAACAUUCAUGGAAAUGGAAGGACAGUUAGGGCCAAAGUGGUUGAUGAAUGUGACUCUACAUUAGGAUGUGAUGCCGAUCAUGAUUACCAGCCUCCAUGCCCUAACAACAUAAUUAAUGCAUCAAAGGCUGUCUGGAAAGCCUUAGGAGUGCCGGAAAGUGAAUGGGGAGAAAUGGAUAUAUACUGGUCUGAAUGGUUUCCUACAUAUUAUACAUAUAAAUGCCAACUAGUGUUGGCAUAAAAGGUUGAUUUCUUCUAUUUCUUGUGUUUUGUGUUCAGUUUUGUGUAUUUGAGGCAAUAUCAUACUAGUUAGUUAUUUUUCAUAAAUAAAUAAAAUAAUCUUUU